AAAUUGUGCUGCAUUGGUCAGGACUGAGUGAGUUGUCUGGGAAUCCGAGGGGUUGAGGGGAUGGAGAGAGAGAGAGUCAUUGGCUCUGGAGACCAAACCCCCGUUGGGUUGGGGUUUGGAUCAGUUCUUUGCUGAGAGGGGACGAGGAGAGCAGAGACUGAUGUGCUGAUCUGUUUGAUGUUGGAAAGCCCAGAUAUAACACAGAAGCCCUGACCCAGUUUACUGUGCAAAUUUCUGCCCUGUUCAUCAAAAUCUCUAUGGAGAUGCUACGUCGCUUCAAUAAAUGCCGGCUGAUUGGCUUUCUGCGGAAACCUCGGUUGGGUGUGGGUUUGUUGCUCGUGUUGAUGCUCACGGGCAUUCCUUUCCUGGUGGAUUACGCCCAGGAAUGGACCCUGCGGAGAGACCCAACGCCCAUCACCAAUGGCAGUAUCGUGCAGAUGCGGGCGAGGGCCGUGAGCUUCAACAUGGAGGUCUUCAGACACAACGCUUCCAAAUAUUACCUCAUUCCCAACACAAACGCCUGUGACGGUCCCGACGUCUUCCUGGUCAGCUUUGUCAUCAGUAAAACGGGCCACUUCCAAAGCCGGGAGGCCAUCCGCCAGAGCUGGGCGAGCGUCAAGGACGUUCAAGGACACACAGUGUUAAUACUCUUCGCUUUGGGGGUCCCCGAGAGCACAGAAGAACAGGAGAGAAUCGAGGAAGAAUCAUCUCAAUACAAGGACGUGGUUCAAGGGGUCUUUAGGGAUACUUACCACAACCUGACCCUGAAGACCAUCAUGAUAAUGCAAUUUGGCACUUAUUGCCCGGCUGCCAGAUACCUCCUCAAAGUCGACGACGAUGUCUUUCUGAACUAUCACAACCUAAUGGAGCAUCUCAUAGGCCUCAGCGACGAUUCCGAGGACCUGUAUCUGGGUUGGGUCCAUCGUAGGGUCAGACCCGUUCGAAACAAGAACGACCUGUACUACGUCUCGGAGUCCGUGUACUCGAAGGACGUCUACCCGGACUACUGCAGUGGGACGUCUUAUGUUGUGUCCAAGGAUGUUGUCCUCAAGGUCUACGUGGCAGCAUUGACCACUCCGCUGAUAACCAUCGAAGAUGUCUUUGUGGGGUUGUGUGCUCAUAAGAUGGGGGUUUCACCCACUCACACCUCUAAGAUAUCUGGGCCAGUUCGAUUUCACUUAAACCAAUGUUGCUACAAGUCUAUAUACGCUUCCCAUCACAUCAAGCCGGGAGAGUUCCUGAAGAUAUGGAAGCUUGUGAAUGACGGGAGCAGAUGCUCGUUGCUCGCUAAGUACACUGGGCUGUUCAUGUGCAAAGCCCUCGCCUUGUUGAGUCCAGUUAUUAAUCAAUGAGGAGCCUGUAAUGGCUCUCCUGUUUGGGGAACAGACUGGGGCAUUGUGGAAUCCUGUAGCGUAGUGGUUAGAGCGCUCGCCUCGCUAGCGAGGGGACCCGGGUUCGAUUCCCGGGCAGGGCGAAACCUUAGGCAAGUUUCCUUACUCCACACACCUCUGCUUACCUAGCAGUAAGUAGGGACCCAGUUGUUAGUCAAUCGGCAGAUCAGGUAAU